UUCUUUAAGUAGUUUUUCAAUCAUUAAUCAAAUGAUUAAUUCUUAAUUGACAUGAGUGAUUAAUUUAAUUCUCCGAUAAUUAGUUGUUGUGUUUACUUUGUGACAUCUUUAUGAGAAUUUAAUCUAUUUUGUUUAACGAAUUGUUAUCCUGUUUUAUUUUCUUUUUUCUGUUGUUUGUAUUUAUUGGAAAGAUGAGAAAAUCCCAUUGAUUCACUUGUUAUGAGUCAAUAAGAAGUUUUUGAUUAUGAUUAUUUGAUUGUGAUAAUUUUAUUACUAGUUUUCUACUAAUUAACUAUCUAAUUUAUUGAUUGUUUCUAAUCUCCAAUUCAUUCUUAUCUACUCACAUCAUGAUGCUCUUUAAUCUUAGUCAGCUUUUCAGCUGUUACUCCACAGUGAAAGGGUUCACUCUUGUUGAUAGAAUUUCUAAUUUUAAAUUGUUUUUUCUAAUUCUACUUCUUAUUGUUGAUCAAUUUACUGUUCAUUCUGCUGAUGAAGAUUACUACCAAUUACUUGGAAUAACAAAAAGUGCCGAUAAUCGAGAGAUUCGUAAAGCUUUUAAGAAAUUAGCUCUUAUUCACCAUCCUGAUAAGAACAAAGAUGAUCCAAAGGCAAAUGAGCUUUUCGUGAAGAUCAAUCGAGCUUAUGAAGUUCUAAAGGAUGAAGAGACUCGCAAAAAGUAUGAUCUUCACGGUGAAGAUGGAUUGAAAGAAGACUUUGAAAGAGGAAACUCUUGGCACUCAUGGAACUAUUAUGAAGAAAGUUUCGGCAUCUAUGAUGAUGAUCCACAAAUUUUGACUCUCAGCCGUUUAGAAUUCGAGAGAUCGGUUACCAAUUCGCCAUUUCUAUGGUUCAUUAAUUUCUAUUCACCUCAAUGCUCUCAUUGUCACACUAUUGCACCAGAAUGGAGAUCAAUGGCAAGAGAACUUGAAAAUGUCAUUCGUAUUGGUGCUGUUAAUUGCGAAGAAGACUGGAUUCUUUGUCGAGAACAACGAAUUCAAGGUUUCCCAUCUCUGAUCCUUUACCCAGAGAAAAAAGUCUACAAUGGAAAGCGAACCUCAGAUGCAUUUGUUGAAUUCGUUCUCUCUCAUUUACCCAAUAAAGUUACCAAGUUCACUGAGGACCUAUUAACCUCUAGCGACGAUUCUAAGGAUAGCUACUGGUUAAUAUCAUUCUGCUUCGACAAAUCAGAUUGUCAAUUUGAAGAUACUUUGAUGAAACUUGCCAUAGCUCUAGAUGGAUUAGCUAAAAUAUCUGAAAUCAAUUGUGAUAAAAACUCAGAACUUUGUCAGAAAUUCAAAGUAACUGAAAAAUCUAUCCGAUUGUACAAAAGUAUCUCAGAUUUAAGUGACCACAAAGAGAUUCCAUACUCCCAAGAUGCUAAGGACAUAACAUCAUCUGUUUUAAAUCAACUACCAGGACUUGAAAAGCUUAACUCAAAACAAUUUAAAUCAUCAAUUCCAGAAGCAAAUUCUGACAUUAAAUCUCAUUGGGUUAUUUUAUUCAGCAAAGGUCCGAUUGAAAAUGAUGAUUCAAUCAGCAAAGAAUUGAAGAGAUUACCAGCACUUUUAAAAGAUGUAAAAACAGGCCAUGUUGAUUGUUUAACGGAAAAUAGUUUAUGUACCGAGUAUCCACUUAGCACUUAUCCCAAUUUCCUUAUAUUUCGUGAUAAAGUCUCUUAUGAAGCAUAUCAUGGUCGGAUUUCGGCUCAUGAUGUUGCUACAUUUGCCUUGGAGAGUUUACCAAGUCGCCUUAAUGCCCUUUCGCCAGAAAGAUUUGAACACGAAAUUGCAAAUUCUAAUCAACCCUGGUUAGUUGAUUUCUAUGCUCCGUGGUGUCCACCCUGCAUGGCCUUUAUGCCAGAAGUAAGAAAGACAAGUCGUAAUGUUGGAGAUAUAAUUAACUUUGGAACCAUUGAUUGUUCCGUUCACUCAACACUCUGUCGAAAGUACAAUAUCCGAUCUUAUCCAACGCUAAUUCUUUACAAUAAAACUCAACCAAAUCAAUUUUUUGGUGCUCAUAAAUCAGCUGAUUUAAUUGAAUUCAUUCAAGAUACUCUUAAUCCUCCAGUUGAAAGUUUAACUAGUACAAAUUUCGAGGAAAAAGUAAUUAAUCGAGAUCAAGAUACAAUUUAUUUGAUCGAUUUCUUUGCUCCAUGGUGUCGUCCUUGUCAAGAAUUUGCACCAAGCUGGAGGAAAAUUGCCAAAUUAAUGAAAUCUGAGAAAAAUGUAAAAGUUGCCGACGUUAAUUGUCAAGACAAUUUAGAUCUAUGUUCAUCUCAUGGAGUAAAAACUUAUCCAAUGAUUAGAUUAUAUCCCUCAAAAAGAGACUCAAGAUUCAAGGAACCCUUUUUUGCUUUCAAUGGUUACAAUCGAGAUGUACAAUCAGUUCGCACUUGGAUCUACUAUUAUAUACCGACUGUAGUUCGUAAUAUCGACUCGCCAAUUUUAUUUGAAAAACUGUUGAACUCUAAAUAUCCAUACCUGGUUGAUUAUUAUGCUCCUUGGUGUGGACAUUGUCAAACAUUUGCUCCUGAUUAUGAAAUUGUUUCAAAGAAAUUGAAAGAUGAAGGAAUCAAAUCAGCAAAGAUUAAUUGUCAAGACAAUGAGCUAUUAUGUAGUCGGGCCAAUGUAAGAGCUUAUCCAACCUUGAGAUUUUACCCUGGGGCUGUUGACGGUGAUGCUCAGGGCCCACAUGGAAUCGAUAUUGACACUUAUCAUAUUGAUUCAAUUAUAUCGAUGGUUAAACAACAUGUUAAGCACAAAAAUAUCAAGGAUGAGUUAUAAUAAAUCAAUCGAUAAAUUAUCAACUAAUUGAAAGUUUUUUUUAAUAAUCUCUCUGUGAUUUGUCCAGUCUUAAUUGUCUGAAUUCAUGAUUUGGUAAUUAACUAAUUUGUUUAUGUUACCUCAUCAAUCAACUAUCAUUUUAAUACAUUAAUUUUUAUUGUCCUGUCUUGGUGAAUAGUCAAAUAAUUAAUCCAGUUAAUUAUGUAAUGUAUUUUACUUAAUCAAUCAAAAUUAAAUUAACACUCAUUUUCAAAAUUA